GUGGUUGAGGUAAUGGACUGCGCCCCCUGACGGCGGGUGUAGAGAGUCUCUCUCUCUCUCUCUUUCUCUCUGUUUUACUGUCUCUUUCCUCCAACUGCCCGCUACGUGACGUCAUCGAGCAGGGGUCUUUUUUUUCUGGCACCGAAGCAAAAGUGAGCGCUCGCGGCCGCGCGGCCACUCCUCUCUCAGCUCGGCGGAGCGGCGGGGAGACGGUCAGGAGGAGGAGGAGGAGGAUAUGGAGAGCUUUCACCAACAGCUGAUCUCCUGAGUGUCCGUCUGAGCCUCGGCUCGCCUCGCUCUCGCUCUCUCUCUCUGUCCGCGUGCAGCUGUGGGUGGUCUUCAGGGAAUAAGGAGAAGUUUGAGAGCCCGGGAGAACACACACACACGCAGGUAUGGCUGUGAAACCUAAAUGUGCUGCUGCUGCUGCUGCUGCUGCGGGAAACUGUGUAGCUACUGAGGGAGAAUUUCAACGCGUUUCUCUCUCUUUUUUUUUUGUAAAAACAUGAUAAAGUUGAAUGUAUCGGCGGGAGCUGCAUAACUAACAGAAGCAGGGUCGAUUGAGAAACACAGGGGAGUCUGAAAAGCGAAGAUUACAUCGAUUUCCCCGCUUAAACGCUUUAGUUUCGACAAAGUAAGUCAUGAUAUUUCUGCACUCCUCUCCUGACUGACGGGAAACCGAAUAAAGAUGCAGCUGAAACAGAGAGCUCGAGCGCCUGCCUGCCUUUUAAAAGCCCUCUCGAGCGAGCCUUUCUUUUCUCGAGCCCUUUUAAAAAACACUACACUGCAGAAUUAACAGCAGUAUCUGGUGCUGUGAUACUCUGUAGAUUUAAAGUCUGUUGGCAAGCUUCCCAAAGUAUCUUGGCAGGAUAACAGGGUGCUGAUUUAAAGCCAUUUUUCCACACUGCGGUCUCUAGCUAAGUGUGUUACUGGCAUGAGCGCUGUCUGAUGUUUUAUGCAAAAGACGCUGUUUUCUGCUGCUCUGGUGGGCUUUAAGUGCUUGGGCAGAGAGAGCUGUGAACUGAAGCCCCUCUGCACCUGUAUGCUGCAUCAACAGGCUCCAUCUACAUAAGUGCCUCCUUAUUUUUUUCAUUUUUCAUUUACCUAGAAACUUUCAUUAAAGCUCUAAAUGUAUCAUUUGCCAUUAAAGAGGGAGAGAGAAAGAGAAAGAGAGAGAACGUCUUUUGUUCACACUUCAACAGUUAAUGUCUUAUCUAAUGCACCCGUCAAAUACCACAAUUUCUUCUUUUCUUCGCCUUCUUUCCCCCCUCACCUUUGGCUGAGCUUGAUUCAGAUCCAUUUCUCGAUUAACCUCUCUGCUCAUCGUUUAACCGAUUUUAAUUUAAUAGAUUGCCUGUGCAUGACUGACCAGGGAAGAGGGGAGAUAAUUGGUGCGAGGGUUUUUCAGGCUCAGAUGAUUCGACCCUCAAUCCUUGAAGCAAUUUACCUUAGUGUCCAUCACUGCUGUGUAGAGGUGUGACUGGAAGAUUGCUGUCUGUAUUGCUUUCCCCAUGUGCGAAUGCACCCAGUGCAGGGGGGCUUUCACAUUUUCACAUGUUUCCAGCUGCUCCCAAGUUUUGUGUGUGCCUACAGCUCAGGAAAUGGGCAGAAACAAUCUUAGGUUGCACAAGCACAAUCAUUCUGAAUUGGACAGGAAAAUCAAUAAAAGGUGUGUUUCUGAAUGAGGCCACUGUAUUACUUUCGGAGAGGUCCACAAAGUUUGGUAAUGCUCCAGUCUUUAUGCAUUUAUUGUGUUAUUGAUUUUGGCCAACUGCUUUUGCUAGUCUUGCUGAACUGUGUGUGCUGUGGCAGACCUGUUGGAAUUCAAUUAGCGUAGGUGCUGUCCGUGGUGCUGGAUCCCUCCAUGCCUCAUUAUGAAUGAUUGUUUAAAAAUGGAGACUAGCUGAAGUCUUUAUCUUGCUGCAGAUGGGCCCAGCCUUUGCUUGUCGUUUGACGAGUGUUAUGUGAGCCCAGGUGUCGUCCCACCGUGCAGGUGGUGGGAAGGAGAGAUGCUGCGCUCCAUUGCCAUGACAACAGGUCUGGUCUUCAUAACUUGGCUCCUGCUGACGAGCGCACGGGGCAGUCCCAUCGUGCCGGUGCCCGAGGCUGCGGAGAGGGAGCGUCUGGAGCGGGUGCUGACCCAAGCCAAGGAGGGCAUGCCUAACCUGAGUGCCCAGCAGCGCCUCGAGGAGAUCAAUAACCUGGGACUGGACGGGGUGAGGGGAGGCAACAGGACGAGCGGCAACAAAGCGAGACCCAGCUGGAGCCCCCUGCAGCGAGGAGGAAGCGGCAAACCUCAGGGAAAGACACAGGAGGUCUGGGGCGAGCAGGACUCGAUGAAGCAGACUGAUGAAGGCCCCACAGGAGAGGCCAAUACCUCGCUGGACACCGUUGAUGAGUACGCGUACCCUGAUUACAGGGGCAAGGGCUGCAUGGACGAGACAGGGUUUGUGUUUGCCAUCGGGGAGAAGUUCACCCCUGGACCCUCUACAUGCCCCUGCCUGUGCACAGACGAGGGGCCGAUGUGUGACCAGCCCGACUGUCCGAAAGUCCACCCACGCUGCCUGCGAGUGGAUACCAGCCAGUGCUGCCCUCGGUGUAAGGAGAAGAAGAACUACUGUGAAUUCCGAGGCAAGACAUAUGCCUCGCUGGAGGAGUUUAAGGUGUCUCCAUGUGAAAAGUGUCGGUGUGAGCCCAGUGGGGAGGUUCUGUGUUCUGUCUCUGCUUGCCCACAGACAGAGUGUGUGGAUCCAGAGUAUGAACCUGACCAGUGCUGCCCAGUGUGCAAAAGCGGGCCAAACUGUUACGCGGAUACUGCGGUGAUUCCAGCUGGCCGCGAGGUGAAGAUCGACGAGUGCACCAUCUGCUACUGCACGUACGAGGAGGGCACCUGGCGCAUCGAGCGGCAGGCCACCUGCAGCAGGAACGAGUGUCAGCCCAGCUAGAGCGGCCGGGGCCGUGUCCAGCUCUCACAAAUGACCCCCUCCAGCCUUCACCUAGACAGCUUCGUAGCAGCCCGGCGCUGCGGCUCUGAGCUUACACAGGCUGCCAGGACUCCAGCAUUAUGGGGGGAUUACAACCGUCAUGACUGUUUGUGACAGCUCAUGACUAUAUGACCUCAGACUGUCAAAUAGCAUGUAGCACGGGGAGGGGGGUUCGCUAGCCUGGGAGAGACGCCAAGGGCCAGGCCACACAGCGCUACAUUCCUCAUGCUGUGUGGCACUGCCUCGGAGCUGACAUCAAGUGUCACGAAAAGUGCCAUGUUUAUGAUAGUGAUACGUACACAGGCCUGAGUUCAAAGGGGCAUUGGGAUAGAAUCAGCUAUAUUACUACAUGAACUUUCUAUCGAGAUUUAUAACCAGUAAUAAAGGAUAUUUAUUUAUGUAUGUAUUGAUACAUUUACGGAGCCAAGGGGACAAUGUCUGGUUUACAGUUAAAAUGCUAUUUUUUAUAGUCACUGUAUUUUGAUAUUAUGUCAUGUACGUUACAGGGACUUAAGUCCGACUCAUUAGAAUGUAUAGAGUGUAAACAGCUGUCACAAUGGAUGAAGGAAUAAAAAAAUAAAUGAAAAAACAAGUUGUGUUAGACAUCAGGAAGACAAGCUGUAGUCAGCAAUCACUCUCAAUGUCAAACACACUUCUCAGUACGUUCCACAGCUCAAUGGAUGUGUUGAACUGUUUAGGCAAAUCAAAGGAGAAAAAAUAGCAGCUUGCAGAUGUUUGUAUAUUAGUUCUUUUUUUCCUUUUUUUUUUUUUUUUGUGUUCCAAACUUAAGUGCAUUUUAACAAGAUGUGUUUCUGUAUUUGUGUUUACAUGUUUCAAAUAAAUCGAGUUACACUGUGCACUAAAGCGUCCGCCUCAAGACACUGAUGUCAGGUUAACCGGGGACACCAUCUAAGUCCGUUGGCAUUUUUAAAAAGACCGAGACAUGCUCAAAAUGUCAAGCCGAGAAGCUGAAGAAGAAAAAAAAGGAGGGGGCAAAAAAAAAAAUCCUGUAAAUUUCAUCUGGAGCAUCGCUUGUCCGAAGGGCUGAGCGAGACCCAGCUGUUACUUGUGGGAUGACACUGCCACCCUGCAAGUCUCUGAAACUCUUUUCAAUCAGGCUUCAAAUAUUGCAUCAGAUUUUGGAUGACGGGGCCCCGCCUGGCUCAAAAGUCAAAGCAACUUGGCUCCUGCACCCUCGUGAGGCCCUGCAAAUUAGUCACUGCACCCUGAUGGAUGAAGACUCUGAGGUUUACUGUCAUACACUGACAUGCCAUAUGUCAUGGGACAGGAACUAGUUUUGUAUCUCAUGAUUUUACCAUGUCCUGUGGAAGCUAAAGAACACGUGGAGUCUCUUGCA